GCUAAAAUUACGACGUUGAAAGGGUACAGUGAAAGUCUGCGCCUCUCAUUACUCCCCACUUGCCGCCUCCACUCGGUCCCAAGCGGCUGGCGAUGUUGGCUGCCGGCGCUCGCGUUUCUCACCAUCUCCGGGAGUGCGACUCUCAAUUUGGCUUCGGAUUAACCUCAGGCCUUACCUCCUUCCCCGUCGUUCUAUUUCCUCCGAUAUGGUCUCGCAAGCCCACUUCUAAUUUCCCUUCAAUUUCUCGCCGCUCCCAACCACGUGGGGUUUCUUUCUUUUGCUCCAUUAUCCCCUCCACUUCCCCCGGAGAAAUCCCCGUUAUCUCCGAUUCUUUUGGUUCACGAGAGGAUGAUCGUGAAGUCUCUGUGGCUGGAGGAAUAGUAGCAUUAGGAAAAUUUGAUGCUCUUCACGUUGGACAUCGAGAGCUCGCAAUUCAAGCUUCAACGGUUGGAUCUCCAUUUCUAUUGUCAUUCGUUGGAAUUGCUGAAGUACUCGGUUGGGAACCUAGGGCUCCCAUAGUGGCUCAAUGUGAUAGGAAGCGAGUACUUUCCUCAUGGGCACCAUACUGCCGAAACUCAGCUCCAUCCGAAUAUCAGAUUCAAUUUUCAAGCGUUCGUUAUCUAACUCCACGAGAAUUUGUUGAGAAAUUAUCAAAGGAGCUUGGCGUUCGUGGAGUUGUUGCAGGUGAAAGCUAUAGGUUUGGAUAUAAAGCAGCAGGUGAUGCAGCUGAGCUAGUGAAACUGUGUGAGGAAUAUGGGUUAGGUGCUUAUAUUAUAAAAUCUGUGAUGGACAGAAACCAAAAAGUUGUUAAUUCUACCAAUUCAAUGGAGAGAGGACAGGUGUCAUCUACUCGGGUUCGCUAUGCCCUUUCCAUAGGAGAUAUGAAGUAUGUCUCUGAGCUUUUAGGCCGCAGACAUCGCCUUAUUUUGAUGGCAAAAGGCCUAGAGGGAUUAAGCAAUAGCAGAGUGUCUGCCCCAAAAUCAUGUUUGUUAAAUUUAGCACCAAAAGAAGGUCUCUAUAAUACGUGUUUCGUCUGUACAAGUGACGAGGAUCUAAUCCCAUGUCGGGUAGUUAUCGACUCGACUCAUGUUCACAUAGAAAUGGAUGAUAUAGGCACACGUCAUCCCGUAGGAACACAAAACUACUUAAGUGUUGAAUUUGACCAUGAAGGAGCAUGAUCAUGUUCAAUUCGCCUCCUGGAAUUCCUUGAUGAGAUCACUUAUCCACAAACUAAAAUGUCGGAUCCCAGAGAUUCUGGAUUAUAUGCAUCAGAGAGAUUCAUAUCUAUUCUUACAAAGAGGUAUGGAGCUUGUUUCAGCAAUUAUGUUCUAAAUAUUUGCAGACACGAAACACGGGUCACGGGCCAAUGUGGGUAAUGCUUCAUCAUUUACAGCUGGUUCUGUGAAGAAACACUACUUAUUUUGGCAGGAAAAGCUCAAUAGUUCCUUUCAGCUGUCCGACAGAUGCAUAUGACCCGAAGGUACUUUUAUAUGUAUUAACUAAAGCACGUUGUUUGCAAGGAAUUAUUAUAUUUAUGUCUCUAUGUUCAUUUAUCUGGAAACAAAUAACUCAGAGGCAUCGUUUUCUGUUGGCACUGUACAUGAUAUCUAUAAUUUAUUUAGGGACAAAUAGCUUGGAAGUUUUCUUUUUUUCAACAGAUCAAAAGCUGUUGAACCCAUUUUGAGUUCUAACAUAAAAUUUAGACCCUUUUCACUUGCUUCUUGAAA